AUGGCGUCGACGGAGGGUUUGGUGCCCAUAACAAGGACCUUCCUGGCUUCUUACUACGACAAAUAUCCCUUUUCUCCUCUUUCCGAUGACGUUUCCCGUCUCUCCGAUCAGAUGUACGCCAUGGCUGCCGAUCUUCUUAAAGCCUCUCCUCCUACUCAAGGUGAAAGGUUAUUGGUACAAGAAGCUGAGGCCAAACCUCCUCAUAAAGUUGAUGAAAAUAUGUGGAAGAACCGAGAACAGAUUGAAGAGAUCCUUUUCUUGUUGGAAGUCCGUCAUUGGCCCGGAGCGCUUCAACAACUAAGUGCUGAAGAUGCAGAAAUUGCUUCUGUUCUUGGGCGGAUUCAAGAGAAGUUCAAGUCUACAUUGAAGACUUUGGAGGAUUUCCAAACCAGAAAUUCUGAGUUUGUGUUCAAUACAGUUAUGACGUAUAUGCCACAAGAUUUCCGGGGUUCAAUAAUUAGGCAACAGAGAGAGCGUUCUGAGAGGAACAAACAGGCUGCAAUUGAUGCUUUAGUUAACUCUGGUGGAAGCAUACAUGACAAAUAUGUUCUGCUAUGGAACCAACAGAUGGAAAGAAGGAGGCAGUUAGCUGACCUUGGUUCUGCCACUGGUGUUUAUAAGACUCUAAUGAAGUACCUGGUGGGCGUGCCAGAGGUUUUGAUGGAUUUUGUUCGGCAAAUAAAUGAUGAUCAAGGGCCCAUGGAGGAGCAACGACAAAGAUAUGGGCCACCUCUAUAUAGCCUUACAAAAAUGGUCCAUAAUAUCCGACUAUAUGUCUCUUUGCUGUGGGAGCGUUUUGAAUUUAGAAACUUGGACGAUUCUAAAGCUUUUAAUCUGGAUCACCAAAUAUCAGUUUUAGAGGAAGCGACUGAUGUCUACUCUUCUGAGGUUGAACGAUUUAUUAACUUUAUCAGGGAGGUUUUCUCAAAUUCCCCCUUUCUUAUUAGUGCAGAGGAUGCUGGUACAUUUUUGGCCAGUAAAAAUGAUGACUACAAGGAAAUAAGUGUUUCAGCAGGGAAGACUUAUGAGGUGUCUUUGACAGUGGAAUCGGUGAAUUCAUAUAUUGCUUGGGAUUUCUCAUUAGUCCAGGGAAAAAUGAAUAUGGACAUUGGAUUCAGUGUAGAGUGCACAGAUCUUUCCGGGAGAAAAACUCUAAUUCUGCCUUACCGACGUUAUGAUGCUGACCAAGGUAACUUCUGUACAUGCGUAUCAGGAAACUAUAAGCUUAUCUGGGAUAAUUCAUAUUCAGCUUUUUUUAAAAAGGUACUUCGGUACAAGGUGGACUGCAUCCCUCCAGUUGUGGAUUCGGUAUCUGCUGCUGUUGAUCAAUAG